AUGUUGGCCCCAGCAGCCCGCUUCCUCCCGAGGUACAGAACUCCCUUCUUGCGCUCUGUCUCUAGUUUGGCGUCAAACCCAUCUAUUAAAGUGUUCCCUGCGGAUGCGUCGCGAGCUUCCUUCCUUCUGUCAUUUCUCGAAGAUGAGCCGCCCAACCAAAGAAUAGCCAUAGGCUUUUCUACGAGGGAUCCUCCCACGCCGCAGUCAUUCAUCGAGAACGGAACGUUUACCAAGAUCCUCUACGAGGUCCUCGCUGAGCAUGCGCACAAGGACAAGGACCUGCUCGCACAGGCAGCUGCAUUUGCCGGUCCUGGCGGAGCCAACUUGGGAUCUGGAGGCGUCUUCUUUGCGCAGAAGAGCAAAAGAGGCUCGCGUAAGGUCGGCGGCGGUGGUGGCGCCGGAGGAGGAGGACACGGCGGUUACGUCCACCUGAGCGACUCGAGAAACCCUCCAGACUUUGGUCGUAUUGCCUGGCCUGAAGACAUUUUGGGCAGCGUUGAGGUUGAUCAGAGCGGAAACAUCAUUGGCAACCUCGAACCUAGCGGCACCUAUCGGAUCAUCACCAAUGAGGGAAUGCUCGGACUUAGUCCUUACCUCACAGACAAGCUAAAGGAGAGGCUCCGACAAGAAGACGAGAAGGAUAAGGCACGAUAG